CAUAUAAUCAUACACUUACGCAAUGACUAUGUUUGUAGCAGGGACAUCUCCCGAGCAUACUCUGCGUGUAACAGGGCCAACCUUCCAGGAUACUCCCCCUCCACGUCCACCUAAGCCAGUUGACCGACAAACAGUGCAAGGUACGACGGGGCAAGAGAACCCUCCUCGGGAUAGACCUCCUCAACGUCCACCUAGAAGGGUUCCCUCGGUAACGGGGCCAGGUUCCCGAACGAAAGGACUGCCCCCAAAAGGUUAUCCUUCUACAUCAAAGAAAGUUUCCAUAGAGUUCUGCAGAUCGGAGACAAGCGACCCUCCAUUAUCACCAAAACCAGGUCCAAGAUCACCCAGGGUUCCGUCGCCACCAGAUCUUUCAGAUUCAGAGAUUGAGGAUUAUACUGAAAUCGAUGAUAUAAUACAACAGCCUGGAUUAACAGAUGAUGACAAAAGUAACGGAUAUGUCGGUGUUCAAACAAAGGAAGCCUUUUUGGAAAAGGUCCCCGAGAAACACAAGUUCACCUUACGAAACGUCCACAAAGAACUGAUGAAAUUAAUCAGAAAGAAAAAGUCAAUAGAUCCAGGGGAACAACCUGCUGAACAGGCCCACAUUAAACAUAAACCACGUAAUACAAGUAUAUCUAAUCAAAACAUUGGUCUAACACCUGAUCAGGUUCAGAGUAAGUCAGACUCUCGCAAGUGGUUUGAAUCUCUGAAACCAAAUGAUCUCUAUCAUUACUUGACGGAACUCAAACUGGAUAAAAUGGCCAUCACUUGUCGUGAUGAAGGACUAAAUGGAAAAUUCUUUAACUCCAUUACAGAUAAAGAGUUGGAGGUCGACUUCAGAUUAACAGGCCCCCAAAGAUUGAAAUUUCGUAGUUUUCAGGUUGAAGGGUGGAUGCCGAGUUUAUAAUUUAAUUAAUCCUGACAAAAAGACGAAAUCCGACAUAAACACGACGAAUGUGUUUCAAGUUAAACCAGCACUUAAAGUGGCUUACUGACGAAUUAGACAAUGGACAAUUUAUUUCAUUU